ACUUGUGCAGCGGCCAAAAUAAAUAGCCAAAAAAAAAAAAAAUGAGGGGUGCUUGGCCUCUGCUUUUCCAAGGUGUAGCAGGCAAGCAGGCAGGCAUUGACGCAUUGUGCAUUGGUACACCUCGUCGUCCUCGUGACCGGAUAAGCGAAGGAGACGGAGUGGCGUUUUGUGAUCGUGUUUGGUGCUUAGGACACUCCCUUGCCUCAACAAAUCUUUGCCUCGCUGUCUCUCCAGUUGUUGAAAAAGCCUUUUCAUUUUGAUGGCACUCUCUCUCCCGUUGUCUUCCCCACACCCCCAUUCAUCCUUCCUUCACUAAAAAUUUGUUUAUUAUAUCACUGACCUCUGCAAUGAAUAGAUACCCUUUUCUGUUCAUUUCGUUUUGGUGACUGAUCUGAUCCUUCCUGCCUCUCCCUCUUUCUCUGUUCAUCUUGAAGGAUAUUUUUAAUACGAGUAUACGACAAAUAAAAUAGCUAUUUGUGGAAAUAAAAGAAUGGAUAAUGUUAGAGUCCUUGGACCAGACGACCUUGAAUUUGUGGAAGUUGAUCCCACUGGAAGAUAUGGAAGGUACAGUGAAAUUCUUGGCAAAGGAGCUUCAAAGACAGUUUAUAGAGCCUUUGAUGAGUACGAUGGAAUUGAAGUAGCUUGGAAUCAGGUGAAGCUUAAUGAUUUUAUGUAUUGUCCUGAGGAUCUUGAGAGGUUGUACCGUGAAAUUCAUCUGCUCAAGACCUUGAAACAUGACAAUAUCAUGAAGUUUUACACUUCUUGGGUUGAUACUGCUAACAAGAACAUGAACUUUGUGACUGAGAUGUUCACUUCUGGUACUCUGAGACAGUAUAGACUUAAACACAAGAGGGUUAACAUUAGAGCUUUGAAGCAUUGGUGUAGGCAGAUAUUGAGAGGGCUUCUCUACCUCCAUAGCCAUGACCCACCUGUGAUCCACAGAGAUAUCAAGUGUGACAACAUAUUUGUUAAUGGGAACCAGGGGCAACUCAAGAUUGGGGAUUUUGGUCUUGCCGCUAUCCUCCGGAAAUCCCAUGUUGCACUAUGUGUAGGAACACCAGAGUUCAUGGCUCCAGAAGUAUAUGAAGAGGAAUACAAUGAACUAGUUGACAUCUAUGCUUUUGGAAUGUGCAUCCUGGAAAUGGUCACGUUUGAAUAUCCAUACAGCGAGUGCAACCAUUCUGCUCAGAUAUACAAGAAAGUUAUCUCUGGGAAAAAACCAGAUGCUUUGUACAAAGUGAAGGAUCCUGAGGUGCGACGAUUCGUUGAGAAAUGCUUGGCUACAGUGUCUCUUAGGCUCCCUGCUGUGGAGCUAUUGAGGGACCCUUUUCUCCAAAUGGACAACUAUGAAUUUGAUUUGAGGCCAGCUGAUUACUUUGGGAAUCUCAAUGAAGAAGGCCCUAUCCAUAGACAACCAUUUUUUGGAGGCCAUCAUUAUAGUAGUUCUCUGAUUAACAGCAAUUAUCCUGGUUUCGAACCUGAGAAUGACUUGGAUUCCCAUCUAAUUGAAUUUGGAAUGAGCAGCGAUGAUCUCUUUGCUUUUCAUGAGGAUGAACAUUUAGCAGAUGUUGACCUCACCAUCAAAGGGAAGAGGAGAGAAGAUGACGACAUCUUCUUAAGGAUUAGAAUUGCAGACAAAGAAGGCCCUGUUCGAAACAUAUACUUCACUUUUGACAUUAAAUCUGAUACAGCCUUUAGCGUAGCAACUGAAAUGAUUGCCGAGCUGGAUAUUACUGAUCAAGAUGUAACUAAAAUAGCAGACAUGAUUGAUGGUGAGAUUGCUGGUUUGGUGCCAGAGUGGCAGAGGGGGGUGAGUUUUGAUGAAAAUUUGCAUAACUCAAAUGCAAGUAUCUGUCAAAACUGUGCUUCAAGCAUUUCCCUUCUUGACUAUCUGUCAUCAGAUAAUCCGGGUGCCAGGGACCUGCAAGUUCUUCAAUGUUCAAGACAUGGAGAUGCGGCAGCACACGGCCGAUUUGAAGAAAUCACAUAUCAAGUUGAAGGAUCAGAACCAUGUGUUGCAGAACAUGCCCCAGCUUCCUCAAGCCAAUAUGAUGGCAUUCGUUAUACUGACAUUUGGGCUCAGCGAGAUGGGCGUGAACUGAGCUCACAAGAGUCGAGAGAAAUCCACUCCAGUGCAGCACAUGAACCUCUGGAUCAAUCAACUGUGGAGAGGGAUGAGAGAGCUGCAAUUGUAGACAAUCAAAGUGAAUCCAUUUCAAGAAACUCUUUUGCUGUAAAUCCUCCAGCUACGUGCAUUCCCUCGGAUGAUUAUGAGAAUGAAAUAAGGCAAGAGUUGAGAUGGCUUAAAGCGAAGUAUCAAAUGCAGUUAAGAGAACUCAGAGACCAAGAAGUAGGGGUUAAGUCAAAAUCAUUUAGUAUAGCUCAAAAGUCAAAUGACAUGGAAGGCAGGAAGGACAAUGUUCCAUUUUUGGUUUCAGCUUCACUAGCAGGAGAUGAGAAUGACGUUGUCCUUGCCUAUGGGAAGAAUUUUUCCUCUUGUGUUCCUGUUGAUGUUAAAAAUAGAUACCCCAGUUUGACGAGCCAAAAGGUCCAAAAUUGUGAGGCAGCGAGCAAAGUAUCCUACAGUCCUGAGCAAUUGGUCACUGCCAACAGUUUCUAUUCAGCAACUCUGCUUCCACACUCUCUUCAUAGGGCAACUUCUCUUCCAGUCGAUGCUGUAGAUUGUUAACCCCUCCAAGCAUCCUGCGCUCCCUCCACCAAAUUGCAUCACCUCUUACCCUGUCUAUGAGAAGUUCGAGUUCCAGUGUUUUUUUUUUUUUUUCAAAUCCAGGGAAUUUUGCAUUGCAUUUUAUCAAAAUCUACAAAAUCUCAAACGCAA